AUGUCGAACUCGGUCGUGGGCGGUGUCUACCAGCAGAUCAUCGAGAAGGUGAUCCAGACGUCGCAGAAUGAUUUCGAGGAGUCUGGCGUCGACCACACGACGCUCGACGAGAUGAAGCAGGGCUGGCAAGAGAGGCUAUCUGCUCUCAAGAUUGCUCACUUCCCUUGGGAUCCCGCCCCUGAGCCUGUUCGUCAGCCGCCUACGGUGCCAUCCAACGUCAAGGUUGACAAUGAUAUGCCUCCCGUUUCCGGUCCUCAGGAUGGCCUAAACUUCCCGAAUGUGCCCGUCAAGACAGAAGGAGGAUAUCAGCCACCUGUUGCUAACUACCCUCCAGCCCAGACUGCGAACAAUGGUUAUGGUGGCAGCUAUGAUCAAAACACACAGCUGGCAAACCAGCGCGCGGCUGCGCUCGUCCAGCAACGCAUUCAGCAACAGGGACAUGUGCAGCAGCAAAACUUUCCCAACCUUGCUCAACAAGGACAUUUGCCGCAGAUGCCAAUGCAAAAUCAGCAGCAGCGGAUGAUGGCGCCACAACAACAGCAUCAGCGCCCGCCGCAACAGCAACAGCAACAGCAACAGAUGCCGCAGCAGCGUCCACCGCCGCAAAAUCACAUGUACACCUCUCAGACUGAUGGUUCAGGUGAUGCCAUGGCCGACUGGGAGGCCCUGAAGGCUGCGCGAGCUGCUGAUGCAGUUGAGCGUAUGGCAGCAGACGACUUCAUGCGUGCCCGUGUUGAUGCCAUGGCUAUGCGUCAAGACAGUGGCCUCAUGGUGCCGCUCGAUUCGAUGCCAAAGGGCAGGAAGCGAAAGGCUGCUGUGCGUGUGUUACAGACCGAAGAUGCAGAAGCAUCGUCAAGUGCACCAGGCCCUGCUCGCUUUGACGGCGACGACGAUGUCAAGCCCGAAGAGGAUCCGGAUGAUGCGAUCAACUCUGACCUUGAUGAUUCAGAGGACGAGCUUGGCGAUGGCGACAACAGUGAUGACGAGAUGGUCGACUACAUGCUCUGUACCUAUGACAAGGUCCAGCGCGUCAAGAACAAGUGGAAGUGCACCCUCAAGGACGGUAUCCUGACGACGAACAAGAAGGAAUACUUGUUCCACAAGGCAAAUGCUGAACUCGAGUUCUAA